ACUUCCGCCGGAACGCAGAGUUUGACACUUCUGGUGAAAUUUAAGCGUUGACUUAACUCUGGCAGCAGCGACAAAUACAUCUCGGCUCAGCCAUGUCUGAUGAAUUUGUGCUGUAAAACCUGCGCCAAUAUUGCAAAUCACUACGGAAUCGCACUGAACAAACCCAGUUGAUAGACGUAUAUGUAUUUUUUUAAGGAAGCUGGAUCGCUAACAAUGACUGUUACGUUAGCAACAAGCUAGCUAACGUUAUCUAUAUCCACAAGUACGUGUAGUCGUCAACGUUUUACACGGUUGGGUGUCACAACAGUAUGGUUGGUGACGGUGUCAUUUACUAGCUACUGCCAACCAGAAAAUCUAGCUAGCUAGCUGCUUAAUCUGUCGCGCAACCCGAACCGUUUUCUUCGAGAACUACGACAACGCUACCCCAGCACUGCCCAUCCAGGCAGUCAGUGUUAACAAAACAAGAGAUUGGAGCGAUGACGGCAACAUCAUGUCUGAGAGAUAUCCUUUAGUCGAGAAAGCCCUCUCGGAGGGCUAUGCUCGGUUUAGGUUCAAGGACACGUCGCUGCUAAUUUGGCAACAGCAGCAAAUGGAGCUGGAACAGGGACCACCGAGUAACUACCUCAGUCGGAGUCAAAGUACGUGGUACAGUCAGUAUGGAAACCAGGCAGUCGUGGUACGGGACAAACGAACUGUCACAGUGGAUCCAAUUGCUGACGCUGGAAGUUCCAGAAUAUGUUUGAUUAUGUGACAGUUAUAGUGACACAUACAUUUAUUCAUAUGCCCUACACUUCCAUAUUUGUAAACUGUUUGUGCAAAAAUAUAUUGUGCAGACUGAAGUUGAUUAUUUGUGUCCGGAAAGACGUCUGCCAGAAACAUGUCAUGACCAUUCACUGGCCGAUUAUGUGGUGGUCAGGGUAAGCCUGUGCAUGUACAUUGGGGUUUGGCAGUGUUAGCUAAGGCUUACAUUGGGGCAGCAGGUGUCCUAGUGGUUAGGGCGUUGGCCAUGUAACCGAAAGGUUACAAGAUCGAAUCCCCGAGCUGACAAGGUAAAACAUGUCUUUCUACCCCUGAACAAGACAGUUAACUCACUGUUCCUAGGCCGUCAUUGAAAAUAAGAAUUUGACUUGCCUAGUUAAAUGUAAAAAAAAUAUAUAUAUAGCAUUUCAAUGCAGUAUUGUCAAUAUAUGCGCUUGUCUCUCACAGACAAUUGUUGCAACAGCAAGUACUGUUCCUAGGCCGUCAUUGAAAAUAAGAAUUUGACUUGCCUAGUUAAAUGUAAAAAAAAUAUAUAUAUAGCAUUUCAAUGCAGUAUUGUCAAUAUAUGCGCUUGACUCUCACAGACAAUUGUUGCAACAGCAAGUGGAGGUUGAUUAUGUGCAUUGUCCUGUGAAAUAGAAGUCUGCACUUUCAAUUCAAUUUCUGUCUGUUACAUACCACAAACCUUUAACAUAGCUAAUGCCCCUGCCAGCUUUAACAGCUGUGGUGUGGAUAGUAUACAAAGACUCCAGGAGCUCACAAUUGUAUGUUUGUAGUUUAUUAAUUAAAACAAACUCAGAAAAUAAGGGAUCCCAUGUAAAUAAUUACAUCAAAUAUUCACUUUGUUUGCCUUGCAUCCCCAUAUAAUUUCACCCUUAAAUCAUCAUGAAUCUUACAUUUCUCAAAGACAUAUCUACAGAAGUUUCUAUACUGUGUUACAAAAUAUUUAAGAAAGUUGCAGCAGGAGGGUAUGCAAAUACAUACAAUUGUUUACCUAUGUUACCUAUGACCAAGAACUUAAAAGGAACAAAUCAGUGAAUAUGGUGAAAACCCUUUAGAAAGUAUUCAAACCCCUACUUUUGCCACAUUCUCUUGUUAUAAAGGGGUAUUCAAAUUAAUAUAAUUUUCUGUCAACGAUCUACACAUGUCAAAGUGGAUUCUUUUGUAAAAAAAACAGUAAAGAAAUCAAACUCUUGAAUAGGUAAAUAUUCAACCCUUGAGUAAAUACAUGUUAUACUGAACAAAAAUAAAACGCAACAUAUGUCUAAACCUGUUUUCGCUUCAUCAUGGGGUAUUGCGUGUAGAUUAGAGGAAAAAAAUAUAUUUAAUCCAUUUUAGAAUAUGGCUAACGUAACAAAAUGUGGAAAAAGUCAAGGGGUUUGAAUACUUCCCGAAGGCACGGUAACAUGGUCAGUUACAAUACCAUAAUGCUCUGGCUCCAACGGGACUCUGGAAACAUGGCUCUCGGUCAAGAUACCCCCCAUGGCUAUCCAACUUGAUGGAGUCUCCAUUCACUGCGCAGACAGGUCAGUAGAGUCAAGGAAAUCGAGGGGGGAGGGGUUUGCCUCUACAUCAACUGGUGUGCUAACUCCAGUGAGAUGGUUGCGCCGACCCACUAUUCCCUCGUCUUGGAAUACCUGAUGGUCAAAUGCCAACCCUUCUACCUCCCGAGGGAGUUUUCAGCUGUUAUUGUGACUGUUGUAUACAUUCCACCCCAGGACAAGAAAAAUAACAAGCUGGCACUUAACGAACUGUACAAGGCUAUAAACAAGCAAGAAAACCUACAUCGAGGCUGCUUUUCUGGUUGCCGGCGAUUUUAAUUCCCAGUCACUAAGACGUGUGAUGCCCAACUUCCAUCAACACGUCUCCAACGCCACAAGGGGCGAUAAAGUCCGAGAUCACUGUUAUUCUACCAGCAAGCAAGCAUACAAGCCCCUCCUUCGUCUGCCAUUUGGUAAAUGACUCUGUAGUCCUGCUUCCUGUUUACAAGCAGAAACUCAAACAGGAAGUACCUGUGACUCGCUCUAUUGAGAAAUGGUCAACAGAAUCAGAGAUGCUACAGGACUCCUUUACCACCACUGAUUGGAAUAUGUUUCGAGACUCCGUCGAUAACAUUGAAGAGUUAACACACCUCCAUCAUUGGCUUUUUUGAAAAUGCAUCGGCAACGUCCCCACUGUGAGGGUUCGCUGCUUCCCCAAUCAAAAGCCCUGGAUUAAUACAGAGAUUGACACUAAACUAGAGGACAGGGCUACUGCACACUGAGCUAACGUAGACAAACCUGUCUAUGGCUGAGGACAGGAAUAAGUACAAGAAGUCCCGCUAUGACCUGGGUCAUGGCAGAGUCAUCAAACAAGCAAAUGGACAAUAUAGGAAUAAGGUGGAAUCAUAUUACAUAGGCCAGAAACCGUCUCAGAGAUUAGGGUGAGGGACAAAUACCAAACAACUCGAUGGCGGAGAGAGGGGACAAGAGAAGUUAAUAGGAGGGGAGGCCACAGAUGAAUCCCUGUUUCAACUGUACCGAGCAGACAGUGUGUAUUGCGGCGUGUGGGCGAGCGGUUUGCUGAUGUCACCGUUCGUCCAUGGCCUACACUCAGAAAUGUCACCCAUUGAGCAUGUUUGGGAUGCUCUGGAUCGACGUGUUCGACAGCGUGUUCCAGUUCCUGCCAAUAUCCAUUAACUUCACACAGCCAUUGAAGAGUGGGACAACAUUCCACAGGCCACAAUCAGCAGCCUGAUCAACUCUAUGCGAAGGACAUGUUGUGCUGCGUGAGGCAAAUGGUCACACCAGAUACUGACUGUUUUUCUGAUCCACGCUCUUACCUUUUAAAAAUAAAAAGUAUCUGUGACCAACAGAUGCAUAUCUGUAUUCCCAGUCAUGUGAACUCCAGAGUAUAUUUGGUCUUGUGUUUUAGGUUAUCCUGCUGAAAUGUGAAUGUCUCCCAGUGUCUGUUGGAAAGCAGACUGAAACCAGGUUUUCCUCUAUGACUUUGCCUGCGCUUAGCUCUAUUCAGUGUCUUUUUAGCCUAAAAAAACUCCCUAGUCCUUGCCGAUGACAAGCAUACCCAAAACAUAAUGCAGCCACCACCAUGCUUGAUAGUGAUACUCAGUGAUGUGUUGUUGAAUUUGCACCAAAUUAUGUGCAGUAUUACUUUAGUGUUUUAUUGAAAACAGGAUGCAUGUUUUGGAGUAUUUUUAUUCUGUACAGGCUUCCUUUUCACUGUCAUUCAGGUUAGUAAUUAUGGAGAAACUACAAUGUUGAUCCAUCCUCAGUUUUCUCCUAUCACAACCAUUAAACGGUGUAACUGUUUUAAAGUCA